AUGAACAUUCAAGAUCGCUUCAUCAUCUUCAAUAGGAACAUUAAAAGAAGUCCAAAACCAAUAUACCGUGUUAUUAAGGCUAUAUUGAAGUUCAUUGACUACUUUGGUGGCUUCUACACUAAUAUAAUUACCUCAUUUUUUAUAUUUCUUUACUGUUUGUUUAGCAAAAUCUUUAGACGACAAGAUUUCAAGCAUUCGAAGCUCGAAGUGAAAACAUUCCAUAAAGCAGUUCUUCAUUUUGUUGGCAAUUACACGGCAAAAUUCAUAGUUCCUCUUUUCAAAAAAUGUAGAAUCCAACCAGAAGCCGCUUAUUACGUAUUGUACUGGAUAGAUAUGGUCCUUUCUACAUUUACAACAUAUCAUCUCUUCAGUUCUAUCUAUUCCGUGAUUAAAAUGGCGAUUGAGAACAAUGUAUUCUCAUUAACACGCGAAUCAUUUGUUAAACUAAUUGAUUUCUCAUCAAAAGUCAAUCAAGCUCGCAAAGAAUCCGAUUCAUUGAAAGAAUUUACGAAAAAUAUGAAAGAUAUGAAAGGUGUUAAAGGUCCAAAAGAGUUACAAAAGGGAAUUAAAUCAGCUGCUAAAGGAAAUAAGAUUUACAAGAAAUCUGUUGCAAAAUUAUUGGAAGAAUUUGAUAAUAUUCAAGAGUCUUUUAACGAAAUCAUGCAAAUAAUACGUACUGAUAUACGAAUGGACCCUUUAAAGUCCCAUAUUUCCAUAAUUUUUGAAUCAUUAGGUAAAUGCAGCAAACAAAUCUACACAAUCAUCGCUAGCGCACAUACCUCUUUUGUUAUUGUUACAUCCAAGCUCUGGAAGUUCGUUUUGGCUAAUGUAAAACCAGAAAUGCCAAAAGCGAUGUCAAAAAUCUGGAAGAAGAUGUAUAUUCGAGUAAUUAGAAACAUCAACUCUGAUGUAAUGAAAGAUUACGCUGUUGACCAAGCACAGGACUUUAUUUGGGCUGUAUUUCCGAAAACCGCUGAUUUAUCGCCAAUGCAGGUCUGGAGUAUCAUUGUUAUGAGCCACAGAAGAAAGUACGGACUAAGAACUCAUAAAUGUCCUCAUUGCGACAAAUUUGUUCCAAAUGAAUUUUCUGAUUGUCAACAAUACAGAGAUUGGCUCAAAGCUAAUAACUACAAAGACAUUAAUUUCGAAUAA